GCAGAUGGAUGGUGGUGAAAAAGGUGUCAUAAGAAGUGAUAAGAAUUUUUCCAGCAAUUUUUCUUUUUCAAAAAAAAAUUGCUAAUCUUCCCUGUUUAAAAUGCUAAAGUCGGAGAUGCAGCACCAGUACUGGGUGGUCAAGAAAACUGUCCAGCGCAAACUUGGAGGAACUGAAGAUGAUUGUGUUACACUGAGUGAUUUUGAAUUGGAUCAAAAAAUCUGCCUGUUCAAGAGUAUUGCAGAUAGUUGCACUCAUCUCUACAGAGUUAUUGAUCUCUACCAGGAGCGAAUGUGCAUCUUGGCCCAGGAAGAGAAUGCACUGGGUAAGUUUCUCAAGGAGAAUGGAAAACUCAGUGCAACGUCCAGCAAGGUGAUGAUAAGCGCGGGUAAAUCCAUCUCAUACUGCGGGCAACAAAGAAUGGCCAUCAGGUCACCACUUGUGAGGCUCCACCAUGAAGUUGAGACCUUCAGGGAACGAGCUAUUGCAGACACCCAUGUUACCCUUACGGUGAUGGAGAAGGAGAGAACGGAAUACCGAGCAGCGCUCAGUUGGAUGAAGUCUGUGAGUGCUCAGCUUGAUCCGGACAGUGGUAAAGGGCUAGAAAAAUUCAGGAGGGCACAGAGUCAUGUGAGGAUUUCAAAACAGAAAUUCGACCGUUUGACUUUGGAUUGUCUGCAGAAGAUUGAUUUGUUAGCUGCAGCCAGGUGCAACAUGUUCUCUCAUGCUCUGGUGGCUUAUCAGUCGAGCCUGAUUCACUUUGCCACAAAAACAGCAGAAACUUUUAAGACAGCAGCCAAAAUUUUGGACAAUGAGCCCCAUUACACCUUUAGUAUUCUAAAGGACCUCACACAACCAACAAAAAGUGACCCUAAAGGGAUCACUGAAGAAGAGGAAGAAAAACUUCCAGACAAGGAUAAGAUGCUUUUCUUCCAAGAAGACUACAAGGAUGAGAAGAUUACGGAUGCAAAAGAACCAGUUACUAAAGCAGAAACUUCGGAUGUUCCUCUGGGAGAAAAUACCCAACUCCUUAUUGAUGGACUUAGCAGUGUUGCAGCAAAACCUACUGCAGAUAGUGAUCUCCUUGGACUGUCGAUGGAUUUUGGGGAUUUUAUGUCCAAUUCAGCGCCUUCUUUUAUGCCGUCUCAGCUUCUAGACAAUCUCAAUACGCUCAAUCUCGUCGAUGCACCUACCCCAAAAGCCACUGAUUCGGACACAGUGGCCCCCACAAAAACAUCAGCGAUUCUCGAUCUGUUUGGACGUACGCCAGCCAAGCCCAUUCCAGUUCAGCAGAACCCUACGCCCACGUUGCCUUCCAAUGGCGCAAAACCACGCGAUCCCAAGCCGUCAGGGAAGAGUGCAUGGUUCGAUUUAUUCUCAGAACUCGAUCCUUUUGCCAAUCCCGACACCAUCUCCAAGCAGAUCGAUGGGGGUGUCAAUAACAGUCAUGCUGCUUAAAAAAAAAUAAUUUUCUGUUAUCUCUCGAUGUAAUUCACACAAUAAAGAUUUCCAUAUGAAUUGCGCAGA